GAUCACGCGACUUAAAAUUGGUGGUAAAUCAAAGAUUAAUUCUUAAAUUUACUUAUUUUUCAGGCAUAUUUUCCCCAUAGAAACGUUAAAAAAUUCCCAAUUAACAGUAUACACCCUCCAAAGCAUUAGGUAGCGGUAUACAGCGUUGAACGUAUUGUGAACGCCCCGAAAAGAAAAAGUGCCGAAGAAGAAAUACAUCAACAAAAGUAAAAUGUUGCCGCGUUAAUUCUGAUUGAAGAAAAAGUCGACGUUACUGUAGCCUCAUAAACGACAGCGAAGAGACCAUCAGCUGUGUUGCGACAUCAUGGCCGGUAUGCCUGUUGCGCUGGAGUGGGAUGAGGUGAAGAGGAUCCAGCCGCACAGCCUCAACGAAUUUGACAGGGAUGAACUGGACUACCUUGUCACGCGGCUAACUUCGACGGAAAAGUGGCAGGUGGACAUUCAGGCUCACGAGGACGUCGUCCACGUACUGCGAGUGUUUCAGACCCUGCUCAAGAUUAAACAUCUUGAGGUCUCUCUCGCUGAGCAGCUGAUAGAAGAGCAGGAGAAAAACGAAAAUAAACUUCAAGACAAAGUAUUGAGACUGGAGGAAGACCUCAAGUACGCGAAGACCGGCCCCGGUGGCGGCGGGACGGACAAUCGCUUCCUGAGGAAUGAAAUUCGUCAGCUGGAGACACAAUUGGAACAGAAGGAAAAGGAGGCGACUCAUUUGAGGAGGGAGAUGGGAGGAAGCAAAAAGACUAUAGAGGAGUUGGUCCUACGAGCAGAAGCAGCCGAGGACGAGGUGAAGACAUUGAAAAGAGAAAACACGCAGCUCCAGCAGGACGUGGACUUUUAUCACGGAGAGUUGGAGCGCAAAGAGUCGCACGCAUCCAAAGAGGAGAAUGCUGAGACUCAGAGAAAACUCAGUUCAGCCAACCGCCAGCUUUCCCAAUGCCUGGACGACCUUCAACAAGCGGAGGAAGAGAUCUCGCGGCUAAAGGCCGACAACCUCCACAUGCAGAAAUGUGUGAUGGAAUCAGCCAAGGAGAUGGAAAAGAUGAGCGAUGAGUACAACCAGAUUAAGAUGGCCGUGCAUCAGUGUGACUUUUUGACGGACCAACUGAGGAAAGAGAGGGAUCGUGCUGAGCUGCAGGUCAAAGAACUGACGCAGAAGAUAAACGAAAUGACAGAAGAGGACGACCCCAUUAUUGCAGCAGUGGAUGCUAAAGUGGACCAAUGGAAGAAAGUGCUCUCUGAAAAGGACGAGGAGAUUUCAGUGUACCAGCAGAUGAUCCGUGACCUUCAGCACAAGUUGCGCGUGGCGCAGUUGGACUUGGACAGGAGUAACAUUAUUGCUUUGCAGCAGGCCUUGGAGGAACGAGAUGCUGAGAUCAAGAUCCUGAAAGAACAAAUGGAUCAGUUUACAGGUGAAAUGGAGAAGCAGACACUCCUCAUGGAGGGUCUGAAGGUUCCCAAAAAGGAUAGUGGAGCACUGGUCCAGCAAAGAAAGAUGGAGGAACUCAAAUCCAAGCAGGAAGCAGCUGAGAUGAGAGCAGCUGAAGCGGAGGAGGCUUUGAAACGGGCUGAAGCUCACGCUGAGCAAAAAGACCAAGAGCUCAUUGAGGCCUCCAAGCGCCUGAGGGAUUACGAGCAUGGCACUUAUGGCCUAGAACAGGCAAUCAGCGAAAUCAACGAGUGUAAAAGUCAAAUGCGAAGGAGAGAUUUGGAAUUAGAGGCCGUCACCAAGGAGCUCAACCAAGCAUACAUGACCAUCAACCAGCUCACAGAGGAAAAUGAGGACUUCCGGGAAAGACUUGGUUAUGAACCCAGACAAGAAGUGGACCUGAGUGAGUUCAGGCGAACCAAAGACCUAAAACAACGCCAGUACAAAGCUGAAAAUCAAAUCCUCACUAAAGAGAUUGAACGCCUCGAAGAGGAAAGACUGGAGAUGAAGAAACAAGUCCGUCUCCUGGCCAAGCAGAAAGGGCUGCCACCAUCCAUCUUGGCGGAGGGCGAUGUCACGCAAAGCAUGAGACGGCCAGAGACUCGUAUGGGUGAAGCGCUUCAAGCCAAGAAUGAGCAACUGGAAGAAGAAGUGAAAAUGCAGAAGAGACAGAUUGAUCUUCACAAGACUCAGUUUCACCUCAAACUGGAGCAACUCUCUAAGGAGAAAGAAGAUGUGGAAGCUGCACUCAAAGACGUCCUUCAGGCUUUGAAGACCAAGAAGACCAGUCGGUCUCAUGCUGACUCUGGUAUUCGGGGUCUGGUGGAUGUGGAGGACGUCGUGAGCAAGGAGUUGACGUCGGAUCUAAAGUCUCAAAUCCACAAACUGGUAGGCAGGAAUGAGGAGCUGCGGCGGGAAUUGAAGUCUGCUCGCGAGGAAGCCACCAGCAGCGUCACUCAACUUGCUGCUGCCAAAGAGAAGAUGAGUCACCUCGAGGGUGACCUGGAGCGCCUGAGGAAGUCGGGGGGCGCCAUCAGCGGCAGCCUCUUCCAACCAUUAAGCCUCCCCGAGGGCGUGGAGCCCAGCAGCAUGGAGGUCCUCAACUCAUUGAAUGAAUACACCAUUCGCCUGCUUCAGGAGCUCCACAAUCAAGAGAACACACGGGACAAACUGACUGCAACACUGGAGGAAUACAAAGAGAGGUUUGCUGUGAUCAGCCACCAGCAAGGGCUCCUCUAUGAUGACUACCUCAGUGAGAAGUCGCAAUGGCAGAAGGAAAAGGAAGCUUUAAUGAGCACUAGAACCAAACUUGAGGAGCAACAAGAAAUUGAUGCUAUUAAACUUCAGCAAUUCAGCGAUCUACUGGACACCCUUGAGAAGGACCCAGGGGAAGUCAGACAGCAUCUGAGCGAAGCACUGCGCAAGUUGACUGUGUCCAAAGUGAAUGAAAAGAAGCUGACUCGACGCUGCACCACCCUGAUGGAGCAGGAGCAGCACCUGCGCAAGGAAAACGGGCGGCUGAGGGAUGCGGACAUGCAAAUGCAGACUGCCGUCACACAGAAGAUAGGCUACCUGCUCAGAUACAAGGAAACUGCAGCUUACAGGACGGCAGCGUUACAGAAUGCCUUGGAUGACAGCGUGCCGGCAUCGGAGCUGGAAAAGGCCAACAGGCAGUACACAGAGCUCACAAUCAAAUACAGGGAUAUGUUGCAGAGAGACGGACUGCUCUUGAAGAGGACCACUAACUUGGAACAUUUGGAGAGUGAAAAUGCAUCUCUAAGAGGACAUAUUGUCACCAUCAACAAGGAGCUGGAGAUCACCAAGGAAAAGCUGCACACAGUGGAGCACGCGUUGGAAAGCGCGAGGUCGGAAACGGGUGAGAGCGACGCGGAGAAAGGCUCCGACGAGGGCGCGUCGGCAGCACGGCGGAUGGCCACGCUAGAGAUGAAGGAGCUGAAUGAGCGUCAAAGGGCGGAGCACGCCACUGCGAUGUACGAACAGUUGAGGAGCUCGUUCAAGCAGGUGGAGGAGCGCAACGCGGAGCUGGAGGCCAAGUUUGCUGAGCUGACCAAAAUGAACGUUGAGGCGCAGCGCGUAGAGCGAGAGCUGAGGGACGAGUUGGCCGACUGCGUCACCAAAACAGCCAGCGACGCGGACCGGGAAAGGAUCGGACAGCUGGAGGCCGUCGAGGCACAACUGCGCUCUGAGCUUUCAAAAGUUCGGGAGAUUUCGGACAUCGCCAUGAAACAAUCGUCAGCUUUCCAGGCCAGACAACAGUCCAAAGACAAGGAGGUGGAAUCUUUGAGAAGACAAAUCCUGGACUAUCAGUCUCAAUCGGACGAGAAGGCCCUGGUGGCUAAGCUUCAUCAGCAUAUCUUGGCUCUGCAACUCAGUGAGUCAGACGCCUUGGCCAAGCUGGCCACUUCCGACGCCCGCGUACGCCAGCUGGAGGUGCUCUCGCAGCAUGCCGAGCAACGGCUGGACGCCGGGGAGCGGGCGCUGUUCCUGGCCAGGGAGGAGGGCGGCAACCGGUGCCGGCGCCUGCGGCAGACCAUCCAGUCGUUGCGCCGGCAGUACGCCGGCGCGCUCCCACUUAAUCAACAGGAGAAGUUCUCGUCCACCAUGGUUGGACUCCAGGAGGAGAGGGCAAAGGCAUGCCAGGAGAGGAGGGAGGCGGAGGAAGAGCGCAGGAGGGUGGAGAGCCGGGCGGGGGAGCUGGAGUUUAAGCUCAGAGCCCUGGAGGAACUCUGCACCACGCUCAAGGAUGCCAAAGGGGCCCAAAAGAUACGCGAGUGGCACAAGAAGAUGGAAGAAGUCCACCUGCAGGAGCUGAGGAAAAGCAGGGAGGUGGCGGUGCAGAAGGAGGAGAUCCGGUACCUGAAAAACUUGCUGGAGGAGCAGGAGAGAAACAUCCAGUCGCUCUGCGAGGAGAUUGUGGAGCAAAAUAUGAUUCAAGAAGAGCGCCAACUUGCAUGGGACCAGCGAGAGUUGGAGCUGGAACGUCACCUGGACCAGCACGAGAAUCAACAGAGGGAGUUUUCGGGAGCCGCUGGAAAGGAGGACGAUGCUGCCAGCUACCUCCCGGACACAAAUCUACCUCUCGAUCAACAACUUGAGUUUGCCUUGAGAAAAAUCAGCGAGCAAGUUGACUCCAUCUCAAACUCACAGGCUGCCUGCAGACGUCUGGAUGAGAAACUUAAGGAGAAAGAGGCGGCUCUGAGAAAGUCCCAACAGAACGUGAUAUCCAGGGACAAAGUCAUCAACGAGCUGCGUCUCCGCCUCCCGACCAUCGGCGCCAGCGGCGGGAAAGCGCUGACGAACGCUUCCGAGCGAGACGUCGAAGGCCUUAAACUGGCGCACAAGACCAUCAAAGAUCUCCAAGGGCGACUCGACAAGAAAGAUGAGGUGCUCACAAAGUACCAGAACCAGCUGGCUCAAGCCAUCAAGGAUCAAGAGGAGAUGAUCAAAAGGCACGAUGAAGAACUGAGGUCGCUUUAUCAGAAGCUGGAUUGCAACGACGAUACUAACCUGGACCGCCUCAAACAGCAGGCAGCGGAGAUGAUGAAGAAGCCCAGCAUCCUCGUGCCUACCUCCAAACAUUUGGAUCGUGUGGCUGAGUUGGAGCAGACUGUGGUCGAACAGGAUAUGUCGCUCACAUCAAUCACCCAAAAGCUGAAGUUGGCCGUCGUGGAGUUGGAGGAGGUGAAGGUGACCAUGGAAACGCAGGCCAAGAAACACGCUCAAGAGUUGUCCAGGCUGAAGGAGUCUCACGUUGCAGAGGUGGAAGAUCUGGCCAUGGAGACCAAAGACCAGAGGAGAGAAAUAACAGAGCUGAAGAAGGAGAUGGAUUCCCUCCAGAAUGAGCUGGAGAACCAGAGGGAAGCCAACAUUCUGUCACCCAGUAACACCAUGAAGAACUUGGUGGAACGCCUCAGGCUGCAGCUUGUCCACAAAGAGAAACAGAUCAAGGCUCUCAGCAAAGUUCUUUUGGAACUGCGGACCCAGAUGACGUCUGCUGCCGAGCAGCAAGUCUUGGCCAACGCCGCGCAGACUGAGGAGAGGCUCAACGUACAGAAGUUGGUCGACAAGCACACGAAAGACCUGAAGGCUCACGUGCAAGAGCUCAACGAUGAGCUACAAGCUGCCAAGGAGUCGGCCAAGAGAAGCGAGAACACACUCAGAAAGCAGGUGGACGGACUGAACCAGGAGCUGCAGAAGAGUCAGAACCAUCAGAAGAGCCUCCAGGCCAAGAAGGAAGCAGGAGAACAGGAAAUCCAGGAGCUCCAGAAGCAAGUCAAGAGGCUGAGCAGCUGCAUUCAGAAUCAACCCGUGCGUGACGGGAGUGGGGCAACUGUCGAGAACCUGCAGAAGAAGAUCAGGAAGUUGGAGUCAGACUUGAAGAGUGCCGAAAUCAAAAGAGUCAACCAGGGACAGAUGAAAGAGGAAAUACUGCUUUGGGAGGAGGGUAAAAAGUGGCAGUCCAAGCUGGAGAAGACAAAGACCGCUCUGAAGGACAAGGAACACGAAAAUGACUGCUUGUCCAAACAACUCACCACUUUAAAAGAACUCUACGCCAGACUGGAACGGGAGAAAAAUGCACUGCAGAGGAAAACAAAGACUCGAGGAGUGACUGCGGACCAGGUGGCGGGAGCGAGACUGGAUGAGCUGGACAAGGACAUCGAAGCGUUGACAAAAAAGAAUGCAGAGUUGGAGGCUCAACUGCUGGCCACAAAGCAGCAACAGGCACUAAGUCGUGACGCCGCUGUGGAAGAUCUGACUCGGAGGAACCGUCACCUGGAGGAAAGACUGCAAGCCUUUGAGAACCAGACAUCCCAGUCAAGACCGUCUACGUCAGAGGAAGCUACGGCAAUGCCGAGGGACCCGGAUCUCCAAAAGGAAAACCUCAAACUGACCUCGGAGAAUAUGGAGCUCCGUCUCCAACUCGCGCAGGCCAACGUCGAACUGCCGAGCCUAAAGAGUAAAGUUGCAGACCAGGAGGGGAUAUUCAGGGUCCUGAAAAAGGAGCGUGACGAUUUAGAGAAGAAGCUUGCCAAUACCAAAAUUAGCCACAGUGGGAAAACGGUGCCCGAACUUGAGAAGACCAUCAACUUGAUGAAGAAGGUGGUGGAGAGGGUACAGAAGGAGAAUGAGGCCCUAAAGAAAACCCCCGCAACUCGAAGUCAGGACAAGACUUCGGAAAUAAAACACAAAAAGCUGCAGGCAGAAUACGAAAAAGUGAAAAGUGAACACGGAGCCGAGAUUCGCAAAUUGGAAUUGAAAUGCAGAGGACUGGAGAAGAUCGUGAUGGAGAAUGAACGUCUAAGAAAGCAAGUCAAAAGGGAAGCUGAAGCCGCAGAGAGGCUGCGAGUGUCCAAGACCAGCUUGGAGCUGGCCAGUGACAAGCUGGAGGCCGAGCUGGAGGAAACCAAGCAAAGACUCUGGGAAGCGUUGUCCCGACCCAUCGUGGAAGUAACUGAAGGAAAGUCUGCCAAAGGGUCUGUGGUGACUCGAAUGUUUGAAAACAAGAUGAAGGAGCUAGAGAGGGAACUCGCAACGAAAACCUCCACCAUUGUGGAACUGAAACAGAGGCUGAAGGAGGCGAACCGACGCGAUGAGACAUUGCAGAUCCGUAUCCGGCAACUCGAAGAUCAGGUUGACAAGUUGAACGUUCCUGAGGGUUCGCGUACACGAGCAAAUCCCUCCAAGGAAACGAGCGACUCGAAAGAGAACUCCGAGUCCAGCGAGACAUCCAAACAAGAUACGGAUUACAGGAGGUUGAAAGGUCUCCUCAGGUCGGCGGAGGCGGAGAAAAGCAAACUGGAAGCCCAAGUGCAAGAGCUGAAGGGCGAACUGGGCAAGGUGGACGCCGCCUUCUUUGAAGAGAUCGAGGACUUGAAGUAUAACUACAACUUGGAGUUGAAGAAGAACAUCGUGCUGGAGGAGCAGCUGAGGAAAGUGUGCGAGCGUGCCUAAAGGGCAGGCCUCAACGGAGAUCAAAAUGGCUUCUCAUAACUUCACGUUGGUUUUUAGAUAUUACUUGAGCUAACAAACCUUUCAGUGGCUUGGUAGGGUUAAGCGUCGGUGUCACGCCAACUAUCCAUCGUCAAUAGGGACGUGAUAUUUAGUAACAACAAAAAGCAGUUUUGAGGUCUUACCAUGCACGAUAAACGUUACUUUCAUAAGGGCAGCUUCAAAUGUAGGAUAUUGUUUACACGUGUAAAGUUGUCAUGUAGUACUGUACUGCACUGUUUUUAUUUACUAAUAAAACAUUUGUCAAUGUGGAUACUUGUUGGAACAUUUGAUAUCCUCCAUCCCCUGCACU